GUAUAUGGUGGUAUACAAAUUUAAUAAAACAACAGCAGCAACAACAACAACAACAAUAGAUAGCAGAUAGAUAAAUACUGUGUCUAAAAGAGGCCUCCAUACUGUACGGGUUUUAGAGUUAGAAUAUUAAAAGGAAAUAGCAUAUUUAAAGCACAAAAUGUAUUGAUCAGAAAUGCAUCAGAGAGGUGUAUUUCAGAAACAUGCAAUGUAAUAUUGCCUGCGUUCCCUCUCCUCGCUCUCAAUUAUCCCCACUUAGCUCAUUCUCCCCAGGAAGUGGAUUGCAUAAAACAUUAAUGGACUCUGUCUGCCAGGUCUAUGAUUGCUCAGCCUCUUCUAACAACAGAUGUUAUUACAACUACUCUCCCUCCCACAUUGCUUUUGUCAGUGUCGCUAACAGUGAAACCGAAUCAGCUUUUUCCUAGAGCAGCUGAUUGAUUGCUUCUCCUGCGACUUCUCUCUCUCUCUCUCUCUCUCUCUCUCUCUCUCUCUCUCUCUCUCUCUCUCUCUCUCUCUCUCUCUCUCUCUCUUGCUUUCAUCUAGCGACUUGCUCUGGGACAGCACAGGCACUUUCUUCUGCUUUUUGAAAAUAAUCAAUGGCAAUUUUUUGAAAGAGGAGGAGGGUAGGGUGAAGAAACAUGCUGGAGGAGAGAGCGUUGUCCCCAGAGAGUACGGAGGAGGUGGGACAAUUAGUGAGCAUAGCCCAGGGCCCAAGUUGCCUUCCUCGGGUCACUUUUAAUGCUCCAGAGAAACCAGAAGAAGAAACGUCCCACAGAAAGCUGGCCAAAUUAACCAUCAAGUAUAACCGAAAAGAUCUUCAGAGAUGGCUCGAUCUGGAGGAGUGGAUUGAUGCCCAGUUGCAAGAGCUGUAUCAGUACCAGUUGCAGGAGGAGACAGAAGCCACAGCCGCUCCAGAGCCAGAAAUCGACAUUGAGGAUCUCCUUGACGUCUCUAAUGAGGAGCAGAAAUCUAAACUGCAGGAAAUUCUCCACGAGUGUUCCAGACCUACAGAGGACUUUGUAACAGAACUGCUCGAUCGAUUGAAAGGUCUCAGGAGAAUGGCCAACAAUCAAAAGAAAUGAAUCGCAAUGACAAAAACCGGUAACACAAAAUGCAUCAUCCCGUGGAAGAGAAUUAUCUGAAGAAACAGGGAUGGAACUCCAGCGCUGCCUGAUAUCGUAGACAUCAGAUUCCAAAGCAUCCAUCUUCAUUCUUCCCUUGGAUUUGCAUCUGCAAGCAGUAGUUUGUGUGCAGGGAGGAGAGGCCAUAGCUCAGGGGGCAGAUCAGAUGCAUUGGUGGUCAAAGCUCCCAGGUUCAGUUCCUGACAUCUUCAUUUGAAAAACACUUAUGGAGCAGGACUGGGAAAGACCUCUGCUGAAAGCUCCGGAGAGGCAACAUGGAACUACCGUAGAUAAACCAAUGCUUGGACUGUGAGAAUCAAGCUAGGUCCUUAAGAACAGGGACAGGGAGCCUGUGUCUCCCCAGAUGUUGCUGGAUUCCAGCCCUCAUUGAUUCCUCCCAGUGUGGCCUUUGCUCAAGGGUGAUGGGAGCUGGAGGGAACAGCUGUUAUGGGAGGGAAGCAUCUCUUUCCUCCUUGCAUUAAAUCAGGGAGGGGAACCUUUGGUCUUGCAGAUGUUGCUGGGCUCUCAACUUAGCUUGAGCCAGCAUGACAUCCAGAGGGCCACCAGAUCAUUGUUGUUAUUAUUAGAUGUGUAUACUGCCCUUCAUCUGAAGAUCACAGGGCAGUUCACAACAUAAAAAUACAAACACGAAAUACGUAAAUCCCUUGAUGCCCUCCACCCAUUGUGUCAUGUUGUUGAGGGAUGGGGAACAGAUGUUGCUGUACUCCAGCUUCCUUCAUCCCUGAUGCUGGCUGGGUUUGAUGGGAGUCAGAAGACAACAACAGCAGAUUCUCCGCCCCUGAAUUAGAGCAUGGGGGGCAAGACAAGUCUCUCAAGCUGGACAGGUUUGUAUGAUGGCAUUUGCUGUCCCUGCUUUAGAAUAUAAUUUUCAGUUGAAUAUUUUUGUGCUUUUUAAUAUGCACCAGACAUUUAAAGCAUGGAGUUUCCUCAAAGAAUCCUGGGAACUGUAUUUUGUUAAGGGUAGUGGAAAUUGUAGCUCUGUGAGGGGGUUCUACAGUUCCCUGGAUCUUUUUUGGAUUUAAAAAUGUAUUUUAAAUGUAUGGUGUGUGCGCAGCCUAAGAGAAGCAUUUAUUGGAAUCUAUCAGACUCCCCAGUUUUCAUUGACAUCACCUCUGAGAUUAGUCUUUUAAAACAUUUUUCCUGCCUAGUGAUUUCCAGCUUUACUUCCAUCAGUGACACAGCUGAUAAGGUGAGGCACAGGAAACAGUCAUACAGUGAAGAACGACAUCAUGAUGGGGGUUUACAAUUUGUGCAUCCUCUCUUUGUUACAUACCUAUGGUAUGCACCAUUUUUGGCUGACAGAAUGCCAAAAAUGGGAAGCAGAGAAGUCAAGUUUUCAGUGACUGAGAGAGGGGAAGAAGUUGGGAAAGUGGAUUUAGCUCAGCCUUAUUUUUCUCUUUCAUGGAUAAAUGCUCUUCAGUAAUUGCACGUGGCUUAGCUACCAGAGUCUAGAAUCCAAAAAUACUGAGGCAUGGGAGUUUCCAGCAGCUAAACGUGAAGGAGGUGGGAGAUGAAAUACCUGAGCUGCUGCAGAUCUGUGAGUUUUCUUGAGUAACACAUGUCCAUUCAUGUAAUUACAAGGUGGGGUUUCCUGUCCUUUUUACAGUAUUUCCUAUUCUGAGGAAUAUACACUGGUGACUAAGGCAAUGUUGAGAUCGUUCAUUCUUCUGAGCAAUGGGAAUGACUUCACCAAAAGAUCUGUGCUUUCAGGCCCCAGUGCUGCAUCCAUAGCAAAAAGUGUGUUCACUGUUGCUUCCCCCCCUUUCAAAUAUUGUGUUUGUAUGCACAAACACCCCAAGCAUGUGAUAGUUUGAGAUGCAUAAGGAGUUAACAUGAAAAAUGUAUUUUUGUCUUUCAUUUCAAUUGCUUUGGACAAUGUCUUCGUCAUCAUCAUGUUUGAGGUACAUUUUCUAUGGCCUUGGUGUGGUCUUUCCAAUGUCACAAUUCCCAUGCCCCCAUCUCCAGGUGUAUUUCACUUGCUAAAUAAUAAUAAUAAUAAUAAUAAUAAUAAUAAUAAUAAUAAUAAUUUAUUAUUUAUACCCCGCCCCAUCUGGCUGGGCUUCCCCUGCCACUCUGGGCGGCUUCCAACAAACAUUAAAAUACAUUCAAACAUUAUGAAUGGAGGUGACUGUAUAACAGUUGGUAGCUAAUCUGUGGCAUGGGUGCCAUAAAUGGCACAAGGAACACAGGUCUGUGCCACUCCUGGACCAAAGCAAGAGGGUCUGUGGGCAGGGGUGGAUUUCAGGGAGCGUGACCAGGGCCACCGCUGAAAUUUGAAAGCCCAAAGUCCACCACUGUUGUGGCAGAAAGCUUGGACUACCGGUAUGUGCCUGCCUCUGAGAUCUAGAGCUUGGUCUCAUAUCUCUAUCUAGUGGACUACACCUAGAGUUCAGGUUUCAGGCCAAUUUCUCGGUCUGUCUGCAAGAGAUCCAUGGACAGAAUAGUUAGGUUAAUUCUGAAACUGAAACACGCCAUGGAUGGUAUAAGAGGAGAGCAGCAAGUACAGUUGUACCUUGGUUUUCAAACAGCUUAGUUCCCGAAUGUCGCAACCCCGGAAGUAACUGUUCCGGUUUGCGAACUAUUUUUGGAAGCCAAACGUCCAACAGGGCUUCCCCGGCUUCUGAUUGGCUGCAGGGCCUUCCUGCAUCCAAUCAGAAGCUGCAAUUUGGUUUUCGAACCUUUUGGAAGUCGAACACACUUCUGGAAUGGAUUCCAUUCGACUUCCAAGGUACGACUGUACUGCACUGCAACAUGCUUCCAGGCAACACCUUCUGCCCGCAGACUAUGCUCAUGUGCAUUACAAACACACCAUCUGAAGGAAAACACUCAUUUCACUAUCUUCAAACCGCCUGGCUAGCUCAGCCCUCCUAACAAACUAAUCAAACAGUAUUAAAAAUGUUGUGUCUGUUUCCCUCUCUCUUCCUACAUGCAUUUUCUUUGCAGUACUUGCUGGGCAAGUUGCUCAAGUCCAUAAAACACACUAGAGAACGGCAAACAACUGGGUCAAACUGAGGUUGAAGUAGAAAUUAUAUUUGUGGAAAAAUACAGCAUCAAGGAACUAAAAUGACGCUUCCCUCUCCAGCAGGCAGUUUCAUACAUCUUUGCAUGAAUGCGUUUAAGCACAACAUGUAUUUUUCUAGCCACAGAAGACAUUGUAAAGAAAGCCUGUCACUGACUUCAGAAUUUGUAGGAACUGAAAACUCUUUGGGGAGAAAGUGACUGCGUGCUUCUGGGCCAGUUCCGAUUCCACACCCUGCUCUAUAGCUGUCUUGGUUCAAUCCCCUUUCCAUCCCUUUCAGCAGAUAGUCUGAAACACACACACACACACACACACACACGGCCAACAUGAAGAAAGCUUUGAUCCAAGGGCAGGGCCCACAGUGGUUAAAAAUAAAACCUGGCAAACUGGUUACUGAAACAAUUCAAGGGAGAAUAAGCUGGAUGUCACAUAGAUUGUCACCUCUGAGCAGGCAGGAUGGGGGAGGAGGAGAAAAGGGAGGAGGAGUCUAUUUCCUUCAACACGGUCCAAAUAUGCUAACCACAAACACAGCAGCAAAAACUGCUUUGUCUGAAACCUGUUUUCUGUACUAAGCAAAUUCGAGCUGACAGCGCAUGACCAGACACCACAACUAUAAAUGUUGUGGUUCAGCAAUCUGUGAAACAUUUCUAUGAAAGUGAGACUGCAUUUAAAAUUCUUAUCCUACCCCCUAACAGCCAUCCAAUCCCCAUGAUUAUGCAUCUGGAGUCUGCAUCAGACACACUUCCGCUUCACUGUGGACAUAAUACUAAAUGGGAUGCUGGUGCUUUUUAGGGGAAAUCAUGACAUUCAAACCUCUGCAGCCACGGACCUCUGAAUUACUGAAUGCACAACUCCUGGUGGAUACAGGCCAUGUACCUGAGCAUUGGGUUUUUGUUUUUUGAUGCUAAAGUGCUUCCGUUUAUUUCAACCCAUCUUCCUGUUAAAACGCUAUUUGUUUUAUCUUUGGGAGGUGUCUAGAUCUGAUGAUGGGCAUGUUACUCUAGCACUAGUCAUUGCCAGGGAAUUACUUGCUCUAUUCACAGAGUAAUUACCGCCAUUCACUCUGAAAGGAAAUGGUCUGUAUAUGCUGCUUUGUCAGCUCACACCUACCCCUCCAGACUCCUGCCAAGUGCCUGGCUUCCCAGGUUGACUCCCCUUCUGUUCACCCUAGAUGGAAACAUGCCGAAAAGGCAACCAAUCCACCCAAGAGUGUGUUGCAAUUGCAAACCAGCUGCUAUGGAACACAACUUUACGCCUAACCUUCUCUGGCUAUUUAAAUUGUUUAGAGGAGAGGGGCAUCAGGAACCUGUGCCCGCCCAGCUGUGAAUUCUGGAAAUGCUUUUACCGCCUUCAGUUCAGACAUGCAGAGUCCUUCAGUCACCUUGGUUCACAUGCCUGAGAAUGCCACUUCCUUGAGUUAGAGGAAAGCACAAGAUCUGGACACCAGUAAGAGCCAAUGAAGAACAUUGCUUCACAUCCAGUGGCACCAUCCUGUUCACACAAGGACUUCCACAAUGGAACUUCCCUUUUCUCUCCUGUUCUGGGGGGUUUGCCA